UGUUAGCGCGGGUGAGAUGGUUGUUAUUAUCCUGGUACACUUUGCUGCGCUGUGUUCCGUGGUGUUCACACACCAAGACUCAUUGGAUAAAGGCAGCAUUCACACAUCCUUUGAGUUUCGUGAUGUGGAAAGAAGCGAUGCGAGUACGACUGUGCCAAGUUUUGAGAAAAAGUUGCGAUGUGUGAACUCUGAACCAUCCAAUCUGAAGCUUGCAGCUUUCAACGUACGAACAUUCGGUACGAAGAAAAUGGCUACCCCAGGAGUGCCGGAAAUUCUGGUUAAGAUCAUUCUUCGUUAUGACGUCAUUCUCAUUCAGGAGAUUAGAGACUCCUCUGGUAAAGCAAUCGUGGAGUUGUUAUCUUUGGUUAACAAGGUUUGCAGGAAUUCGACCAACGAUCUGUACAGUAUCACCAUCAGUCCACGACUUGGAAGAACAUCCAGCAAAGAACAAUAUGCAUUCUUGUAUAGGAAGCACGUUUUAUCUGUUAAACGUACUUACGUUUACGACGACGGCAAAGAAAACCUACAAAAUGAUACGUUUGAAAGGGAACCAUACAUUGUGCACUUCGCCUCCACGAGAACCAGAAUUACCGAUUUUGUCCUGGUCGCCAUCCAUACAUCCCCGUCUAAAGCUAAUCAGGAAAUCGACCAGCUUGUUGCUGUAUAUGAUGACGUCAUGAAGCAGCUAGCCAUAACAAAUGUUAUUAUUCUCGGAGACUUGAACGCCGCCUGUAGUUACAUGAGUGAUAGAGAUUGGAAGACCAACCAUUUGGCUAAUGAUAAACGCUUUCAUUGGCUUAUUUCUGAUUGCGUGGACACCACGGUGAAUGGAGGACACUGCGCAUAUGACCGAUUCGUAGUUGCUGGGGAUGCCAUGUUGAAUGCAGCAAUGGAAUCAAGCUCAGGAAGUUAUCAAUAUGAUCAACAUUUGAACAUUAACAAGACUAUGGCAGCACUUGUAAGUGACCACUAUCCCAUUGAAAUGCAAAUUUACUCGAAGGACCUGGCUGGCUAUUCCACGAAGACAGUUGAAUACACCUUUAAAGUGAAGCAACAUCCAAGCUUGAGCCGGUACAAAGUUUAUGGAAUGAGGAAGAGAAACUCCAUUAAAGCUGCAGGAAUCGCGGUAGAAACAACUUACACUUCGACAAUCACCAGGGUCGCAUUCAGGAAAGACUUUAAGAACUUGAAAGAAGCUAUGAAUGUUCUUCGUGACAUAAAAGAUAUUUUCUUGACUGCUAAUAUGGUUUCUAUCGAUCAGAUUCAAAAUACAGAGUUCCACUUGAAAGGAUCGUGGGAAAAGGAAAACCAGUUGUUGGUUAAGAAACCUGGAGCUGUUAAGAUCGUUUGUGAAACUAACCCCAUAACCACCUGCUGGAUUGCUGUGUUACUGACCUGACUAACGAUCAACCGAAAAACAUACAGUGAUGUGAAACGGAGUUUUGUUUUCCGAGUUUAUCGUAAAUUUGAUGGUGAUGUUAUACAAGAUGCGAAAUUUAUCCUUUUGCUAACAACGCAGAAUAAAUGAAAAGUAGUAGCAGGCCAUGUUUUCUUCUGUGUUCGCUCGUUUAAACGUUUUCGAUAUGUUUGAAUACCCAGGUAUUCUAGCAAAACGUAAAGCGUGAAGCGUUAGCCUAUCAACUGACCGAUGGUCCAGGACAAAAGUCUGUCUGGAAUUGGUUUUUUUUCUUGUAAAGGUAACAGGAAGAGUUGACAACUUAGUGCAGACUUAAUUACCCAGAGUACGCUCAGCUUUUGUUUUUGUCAGCACUAGCAAUUUCGACGCGAAAUUAUCGACUUUGGAAACAUGGUCACAGGAUACCCAGGCCGAUUUAAUAAAGAAUUUCCAGGAAUUCUUCCUUCCAUGGGAACGAAGUUGAACUAUGCAUUUUUGUGACAGUCGUCUUGAAACGUUUUGGAGUGCAUCGAUUUGCAACAGUGGAAAAGCUGUUUCUUCAUGCAGGCAAAUAGUGACAGAAUUGUCACGGAGAGGAAAAGCCAGGGAAAAACAUUUUCCCCAAGGGCAGCGAAAAGUCAGGAAACUUAAUAGUAGGCAUGGCAUCAAUAAAUGCAGUGGGCCAUCUCCAUAAUGACAAGGACAUGUCAAACUUAGCAACAGUGAAGACAGCCAACAGUAGAGCGGCAAUAACCCUUUGUUAAUAACUGAUUCAUCAUAUGACUCCCUUUCCUUUGGAUAAUUUUUCUACUCUCCCAGACAAAUUUACUGUAACAAUAGGCUUCAUUUUUCGCGAAAAUAUGCACGGAUAUUUGUCCGCGGACAUUAUCUGUUCGCUUCUCGGUACAGAUAAUGCCCGCGGACAAAUAU